UAAUUGUGUGAAUUUUAUAAUUUGAUUAAAUGCAACAAGUAGUGUAAAACGUACAACCUUUUGCUUACUAAAAUGUUCUCAAAUUUGCAGUGUUAAAAUUACUACAAUUUGAGCACACUGGUUUUCUAAGUAUCCAGAUUUUACAUUCCUAUCACAAAGUUUAAUUUCAUUUAGAAAGGAAUUUUAAAGUUUAUAUAUAUCCUGUGACUUACUUAAUAAAAGAUGAAUGCGACUCAGUGGACUUCAGGAAGAGGUAGAAUUCUUCAGGUAAUGCUCAACGAUACUGAACCAUUUGAAAUGAUUCCAGUCACUUCUACGUUUGAGUUCAUCAUAGAAGGUGCCCUGAUAACCAUCAUAGGAUUACUUGGUGUAAUUGCCAACAUUGUAUCUCUCGUCAUCCUUUCUAGGCCUCAGAUGAGAUCAUCUGUCAACUGCGGUCUUCAAGGAUUGGCAGUGUUUGACACUGUCGUCUUACUCUGUGCAGUACUUAUGCUUGGACUGAACAAACUUGGCACACGACUGAAGUUUCUAAACAUAUAUGCAUUAGAUAUUUCACCUUUCAUAAUACCAAUUGCCUAUCCGGUGGGAUUGAUAGCACAGACGGGAUCAGUAUGGACAACAGUUGCAGUUACAGUAGAACGUUACAUAGCUGUCUGCCAUCCUCUCAGAGCAAAAUCAUUGUGUACUUACAGAAGAGCUCGAUUUUGUAAUUUACUCAUAACCACGAUGGCCGUUUGUUAUAAUAUACCACGUUUUUGGGAGGUUGAGCAUCAGAAAGUUUUCUUUCCUCAACUUAAUCGAACAGUCUACAAAGUGAUAGCUUCGCAGCUGAGAGUAAAUAAGCUCUACUAUGAAGUCUAUCAUAUCUGGCUGUACUUACUUGUGAUGUAUUUCAUUCCGUUUCUGAUGUUAGCUGUCUUCAACAUUUAUAUUUGGCAAACAGUUCGGAAAGCCAAUCGAGAACGUCAGAUGUUGAGUCGCAAGCAAGAGGGAGAAUUCAGCCUUGCAAUGAUGCUUCUUUGUGUUGUCAUUAUAUUCCUCAUCUGUAACAUACUUGCUUUGCUUGUUAAUAUCAUUGAGUAUUUUGAUAUAUUCCUACCCUCUUUAGUAAGAGUUUCAAACUUAUUGGUCACUAUUAACUCAUCCGUAAAUUUCGUCAUCUACUGCAUUUUCGGAAGAAAAUUUAAAAGAACAUUCCUAAUUCUCUUUUGUAAAUACCCCAUACAGAGAUCAAGUUUUAAUGAUAGUUUGCAAGGUAGUACUUGGAUACGAUUCAGAACAAUAAAGUCAUCAUCUGGGUCCCUAAAUCAUUCGAUUAAUGGAAAUGGGCACUGCCAUAUCUAA